CGCCGCCGUCGCCGCCGCAGCGCCCGGGCGCAAAGCGGGAGCCUGGAGGUGGCCGAGUCGCCCGGGCGCUGGAGACGGCGGGAUCGGGGCCAUGUUUCAGCGCGGGUCGCGGCGGCGUCGAUCCACCCGAGCCCUGCCUGAGGUGGAGGACCCUGACCGGGGCCAACCGUGUCAGAGGUGCGGAGAGCAGUGCCCAGGCUUCCUAGUGCAUGGAUGGAGGAAGAUCUGCCAACACUGCAAGUGCCCAAGGGAGGAGCAUGCGGUGCGCAUGGCGCCCGUCGACCUGGAGAGGAUGAUGUGCCGCCUCAUCUCUGACUUCCAGCGCCACUCGAUCUCAGACGACGACUCUGGCUGCGCCUCUGAGGAAUACGCCUGGGUGCCCCCAGGACUCAAGCCUGAGCAGGUGUAUCAGUUCUUCAGCUGCCUCCCAGAGGACAAAGUCCCCUACGUCAAUAGCCCUGGGGAAAGGUACCGCAUUCGCCAGCUGCUCCACCAGCUUCCUCCCCAUGACAGUGAGGCUCAGUACUGCAGCUCUCUGGAAGAGGAAGAAGCGAAAGAACUGAAGUUAUUCUCACAGCAACGAAAGCGAGAGAACUUGGGACGUGGGACCGUCCGGCUCUUCCCCGUCACCAUAACCGGAGCCAUUUGCGAGCAGUGCGGGAAGCAGAUAUGUGGUGGGGACAUUGCGGUCUUUGCCAGCCGGGCCGGGCAUGGCGCCUGCUGGCACCCACAGUGCUUUGUUUGCACCACCUGCCGGGAGCUCCUCGUUGACCUCAUCUACUUCUACCAGGGCGGCAAGAUCUACUGUGGGCGUCACCACGCAGAGCGCCUCAAACCGCGAUGUGAGGCCUGCGAUGAGAUUAUCUUUGCAGACGAAUGCACAGAGGCUGAAGGCCGCCACUGGCACAUGCGCCAUUUCUGCUGCUUCGAGUGCGAGGAGGCGCUGGGUGGGCAGCGGUACAUCAUGCGCCAGAGCCGCCCCUACUGCUGCCGCUGCUAUGAGAGCCUCUACGCAGAGUACUGUGACGCCUGUGGCGAGCACAUUGGCAUUGACCAAGGCCAGAUGACCUACGAGGGCCAGCACUGGCAUGCCACAGAUGCUUGCUUCAGCUGCUCCCGCUGCCACCAGCCUCUGCUGGGGAAGCCCUUCCUGCCCAAGCAGGGCCAGAUCUUCUGCUCUCGGGCCUGCAGCCUGGGCGAGGACCCCAACGGCUCAGACUCCUGCGACUCGGCCUUCCAGAGUGCCCGCUCCCAAGACUCCCGGAGAGCCAGCUGGCAGCAACGGCGGGUUCAGGCCCAGCGCUCGCCCUCCUCCUCCCAUGUCGCCCGCUCCAUUUCCUUUGGAGGGCAGCCGGCACCCGCUAGUUCGGCCCCGAGGAUCCGAAGGAGCUGGAGUGGCUUAACUGGCGCUGGGGAGGAGGUGCCCACGGAAACAGAGGAGCUCUCGGAUCCAGAUAGCAACGGCUCGGGCUGCAGCCAGAGUUGCGAGGAGCCAGUCAAAUGUACAUCUCGGGGUACUUCCACUUGCCCACCACCAGCCAUGGACCAGGAGCCAGGAACAGGUGAGGCAGAACCAAGGACUGAGAAGCGACCGUGUUUCCAACGCACAUCCCCCUUGCGCCAUUCUAUGCCGGAGCUGGGCAUACACCCCUCCAAGAUCCCAGACUGGAGCAGCAGCUCCGCUUCCAAACUCCAAGCAUCUGCUCAGCUGCGACCCAGCGAGGGGCCUGAGCUGGGGAUGGCGAGCUUUGCCCGGGGAGGGGCACCCCGAGUUAGCUUCCGGGAACCCCUGGUCUCGGGAGAGCCCAGUGCUCCCGGUCUCGAGAAGACCUCCGUCGACGCCCAGCUGCUUCAGAACGGAAGCGUUAGCCGGGGACACCCUCGCUCCACCUCGGACAACUCUCUCAACCUGGGGAGCCAGGGCUGGCGGCCGCCAAGGAAAGGCGCAGUGGAGGGCAGAGGAGCGAGCCUCUCCUACUCUGCUUCCGAGGGGGCUUUUCCUGCCUGGCACCGGCGUUACCCACCCCGGGGAUGGGACUUCAGCUCUUCAGAUUCCUCCGAUUCCUCCUCGGAGGAGGAAGGGUAUUUUCUCGGGGAGCCGAUACCCUUGCCCCCCCAUUUACGAGGCGGAGCUAGCCCCACAGAGUCCACGCCACCCCCUGACUCGAUACGUAAGCGGCAGCGCCGAAGGCUGCGAGUGGUCCGGGACAAGAAUUGCAUCAUUGCAUAGACCUGACUUCCACCUUCAGGACUUUGGCCACAAGAAUCCACGUAUGAAAUCAGGAUUUGGGCUUGGAACCACGGAUCUUUGCUCCGUCCGCCAUGACUGCUUUGCCAGGGAUCCUCUUCCAAGUGACCUCUCCAUCGCAACCAUUGAAAUUCCCUCACUUUUCCUCAGGGACCCUUGAGCUCUCUCUUUUCCAUGGUGACCUUUGAUCUUUAGAUGUGACCCUUCUGUGAAGAAUCUUAACUCCUUCUCUGGUGGUCUUUGAACUUUGGUUGUGUUUCUUUUCCAUUGUGGCCUUUUGACCUCUCAACUGUGACCUUCUGAACAUGAAUUAACCCUUCUGUCUUGAA